CAAACCCGACCUGUACAACAUUGGCUGGUGUAGCCGGGGAUUCUGUGCACAACAACCUAACUUUUUCAUUUCUUCGGGUGCUGUGCUGUUUGUGUGCGUGUAGUACUUCACAUGUAUCUGAAAAGCAAGUUUCGCAUCUUUUUCACAAAGCGAAUUUUUCUUCUCCUUUCUCUCCCUUUCUGUUUAUUUGUUUGGGUGCCAUGCAGUUUCUCGUCUAUAAAUAUUUAGUCCGCCAUGCCACGCUAAUACUGUUAUUACUAUCUACGCUCACUGCUGUAACUGGAUUUACGAUCGGAACACCCUCACCAAACAGUCGAAUCGAAAGAAACGCGCAAUUCAUCGUUACAUGGUCCGGUCUAACCGGCAACGUCUCCAGCCUGACGCUCGAAUUGGCACAGGGGCCUAGCGCCAAUGCAUUGUUAACUAAGGCAACCCUUGCCACAGAUGUUCCUGCAGCUAGCGGAUCUGAAACUGUUAGCUUACCUAGCACCAUUACCUCUGCCAACAAUUACUAUCUGCGCUUACGAGGCAACGAUACCCCAGCAUCCGUCGCAAUUCAAGGUCCCAUCACCAUUUAUGUAUCAGCGGCUUCAAGCGGUGCAGACCCAUCUUCCUCUUCUUUUUCGCUUAUCCUGCCUCGACCCUCGUCUUUGUCAUCGUCGGCAAGCUUGUCCGUUUCCCCUACAUCAAUGUCCUCUUCCGCAGCAUCAGCAUCGAAUUCGGAUCAACAGAGUGUCACUUCGUCAUCUGCAGCAGAAGAAACGUCCAAUGCAGACGAUGAUCCGCAGGAUAGCACAGUGGACAGUAGUAAUGGCAGCAAUAGUUCUUUAUCAAGUGGGACAAUUGCGGGUAUUGCAAUAGGCGCUGUGGCCGGUGCUGGUAUUAUCGUUGGCGUCAUGAUAUGUGUUCGACGCGGUAACCGUGACGGUGAUGAUCGAUUUGAAACUUCCUCAGAGAUCUUCGCAAGCCCACCUGGAUAUCAUGCCGAAACCAAAGAUGCUGCGGCUGCGCCAGCACCAGUCCGUCAGCGUCAAGAAUAUGCUUCAUCACCGAGACAACCAAUGCAACAGCAAGGGGGCCAAUUCUACUCAACUGGCUAUGACAACGCGUAUUAUAACGCAGCCCCCGGCCCAUAUUAUCAACAACAGCAAGCUGGAUACGAUCAGUAUAACAAUUACGGAUACCAUCCAGCAGCAGUGUAUAUGCCGAGCCUCACUUCGUCAGCUGGUCAGCAGCAGCAACAGCAACAACAGUAUGCUGGAUAUCACGACGAUGGCAGCCCGUAUUGGGAUCCAAAUCAGCAGCAGCACUAUCUUCCGGAGCAAGGCUAUUACAAUAGCACACCUCCACAUCCACAGCAGCAGCCGCAACCACAAUCACGACUUGACCCACCUCAUUCACCAACCAGCGCACAUAAUUAAUAUAUAUCGACUUUGUCAUCGACAUUACACCCGUCUUUCCCUUCCUUAUGCUGUAUCUGUAUCAUAUAUACAAGUUUUCCUUCGUUUAAUACUUUGUUCAUGUAGCAUCUAUUUUAAUCCACUUGGCUUUCGAGCGUUUUCACCAUAACAUCCAUGAUUUCUUCAGAGUAGCUGGUCAAAUCGAGUUCAG